CAUAUAUAUAAAUGUCUAGCUAAUAAAGGAUCAUAAAACUGGUGUGAAUGGUAGUUCAUUUGUGAUAUAUUAAUCUUUUUGUAAUAAUUAAAGUGAAAGUUGCAUUAUCAACGUGAUAUGGUCGCCAGUUUUGAUGCUUUAUAUUUGUUCGAAGAAGCUCAAUAAUUCACUCAUCACUUGACUGUAGUAUUAUUGAGCCGCCCAUGACAAGGUUCAUCGUUACAAAUAAUAAAGCAGCAGCACCACUCACAACACAACCUUGUACACCAAGGAACCUGAGGAGGAAAAAUGGAGACUACUGGAGGAGUCUUGAAAGAAUUAUCAACACCAUCGUCAGUUGUCGUAGUAAUGGUUCCAUUCCUAGCUCAAAGCCACCUGAACCAGCUCCUUCAGUUCGCCCAUGUAGUUUCCUCAUACAACAUCCCAGUCCACUACGUUAGCUCAACUCUUCACAACUCUCAAGUCAAGUCUCGAGCCUCAAACCCUCUUCACCAACUAACCAAAAUCCAUUUCCAUGACUACCCACUUCCAUUUUCACCAUCUUCUAUACCCGACCCCUGCUCCGGAACAAAGUAUCCCGAAAACGUAAUCCCUUGUUUCGAAGCCUCCACGCACCUUCGCCAACCGGUCUCUGAUCUCCUCCGAACACUCUCUCCAUCGUCAAAACGACUUGUCGUUGUUCAUGAUGAUAUGAUGGCUUCGGUAGUUCAGGACGUUGCUCGUAUCCCGAACGGAGAAGCAUACUCAGUCAAUUGCGGGUCUGUCUUCGCUUUGUUCGGAUAUUACUGUGAUGCCUUGGGACGAAACGACAUCUUUCCAACAAACAAUAUACCGCCUUUGAAAUCAUGUUUCCCUGCUGUAGUCCUCGCUUUUAUAGAAAGAGAGUUUCAGGAGUUGAAAUACCAUGCUGGAGAGAUCUUCAAUAGUUGUAGAGCUAUCGACGGCACUUUUCUACAACAACUAGUAGACGACAUUGGUAUUUGCGGUGGGGAGAAGAAGAUGUGGGCAGUUGGACCCUUACACCAAACGACAAUCACCAAGGAGCUGAGGGAUCAAGAUAAGUGGUUAUUGGAGUGGCUAGACGAACAAGAGCCAAGUAGUGUGUUGUAUGUCUCUUUUGGAACGACAACUGUUUUUUCAGAGGAAGAGAUUAAGGAGAUUGCAGUUGGUUUAGAGCUGAGUGGGGUGAAGUUUAUAUGGGCCUUGAGAGAAGCAGAUAAAGUUGAUGAAUUAAGUACUGAUCAACAGGGGAGCGGGAGAACCCAACUUCCAGAUGGGUUUGAGGAGAGGAUGAAGAAGGGAAUGGGAAUUGUGGUGAGGGAAUGGGUACCCCAAGUGGAGAUUUUAAGGCACAAAUCAACAGGUGGGUUUGUGAGUCAUUGUGGAUGGAACUCUUGCAUGGAGAGCAUAAGUAUGGGAGUGCCUAUAGCAGCAUGGCCAAUGCAUUCAGAUCAACCUUUCAAUGCUUUGUUACUCACAAAACUGCUCAAAGUGGGCGUGGCUGUAAUGGAAUGGGAGCAGAGAGAUGAGUUGGUGACUUCAUCCAUGAUUAGCAGAGCUGUGAGGACAUUAAUGGCAUCAGAUGAAGGUGGUGAGAUCAGGAAGAGGGCUGAGGAGUUGGGAGCUGAAGUUAGAAAGUCUACAGCUGAAGGAGGAGUCACCCGAAUGGAAUGGGAUUCUUUCAUUGCUCAUAUCACUAGAUAAUUAAUCUCCAUCAGAUCUUUAAUUAUUAAGCUCGGAAAUGUUUUGAUUCAAUAAUUAGACUACUUUUGGUAUUGUAUUUUUUUCUAUCGUUAUUUCUGAUUUAAUAAAUUUACGUACAUGGUACCACUUGCAGUUA